AAUAAUAAUAAAAAAAAAAGUUUGUUGCACGUCAACUGGGGGAAAUAAAACCUUAAAUGUCCUGUCAAAUCUUUCUGAUGCUUUCUGAUUGGAUAAUUUCAAGAGAUGGGCUUUCGAAUAUAACGCUCAUCUCAAAAAGUUUUUUUUUAUAAUGAGAACACAACAAAACAAGCGAUGGGUAUUCAUGGACUAUCCUACUUUAUCAAGUCAUUUCCCAGUUUGGUAGAAAAAAUUGAGUGGAAGCUUGAUGCUUCCACGAUGGCUGACCACUUUAUUAUUGACGGCAAUGCGUUUGUGUAUCAUAUUGCGUUUGAAAAUAGAACCAAUUGGACCCAUGGCGGUCAAUAUGCAACGAUUGCUGAAGUGGUUCGAGAAACAGUUGAAACAUUCAAGAAGGCCGGCAUUAGUGUUACCUUUUUAUUCGAUGGAUCGCUUCCAGAGGACAAGACAGACACUCGCAUCAAGCGACACAAGUCUUAUAUCGAACGAUCGGUUUCAACGUUUUGGAAUCUAAAGCAGAUCAAUAGUAGCAACAAAAACGUUGAACAACGACAUAACGGUAUUCAGUACUAUGGCGAUCUUUACCUUAUACCACCCUUGACAUUAGAAGUGGUGAUCCAGACACUGCGUGAACUGAAAGUGGAGGUAGAAAUAUGUGAAGACGAAGCGGAUGGAAAAGUGGUGGCACUGGCCAUUGAAAAGAAUGCUUAUGUCAUCUCUCAAGAUUCGGAUAUGCAUAUCUAUCCUCAGGUAGGAAAAGGAUAUAUCUCAUUUGAACUUUUAGAUCUCCCCACCAACACGGGAGGAGAAGAACAACAACAGGUGAUUACUGCAGGUGUGUUUCACCCAGAAAGAUUAGCAUCUUUAUUAAACUUGUCGCCCACUUUAUUACCGUUGUUUGGAACGUUGCUUGGAAACGACUAUCUGGAUUCCGACUUGGUGAGGUAUCCUAUCGGCCAAUGGUGCAGUGAAAGGGGUGUGCCCAUGAUGAACAAACAAAAUGGUUGGCCUAAAGUGGUUGCAGAGUUUAUUAAAAGAAAUUGUACAGACGAUAAGAAUGCGAUCAAGAACGUGGUUGGUCAACUGAAACCAAUUAUUUCUAAAAGCAGCAUGAAAUUAAGAGAGGAAAAAGCUGCUGGUCUUGAGCAUCAAAUUAUCGAGUCUAUUAGUCGAUACGAUCCCUGCAGUCCACUGCUUCCGGAACCCGGUAAAAAAACGAUCGAUCAGGCCACAGAAACCAUGGAUAUACUAAAACAGCUUCAACAUCAUUCGAUGGGUUUAAGCAGACAAGUCAUGGAUGUGAUCCAGAACAAGACUUUUUGGACAAGUGUGUUUAUAGAAGAUAUUGAGCGUGAGUUCAGUUGGGAUGUCAGUCGAUCCUUAAGACAAGGGCUUUAUGGUUCUAUUAUGGCGCUGCUUUCUCGUGAGACAAAAGAGGUUACACCAAUUAUUGUUCAAGAAUAUGUGCGCGAGAAGCACCAUUUAGAGGUGUUGUCUGUGACUGGAGGAGUUAUCACUGAUACGAAUGCAGCCGCCUCUGAAAAGUUUUACAGAUUUCACAUCAGUCAUGGCAACAAACAUCUGGCAUCAUUUGAUCCUAUUUUACACCCACUUAUUCUAUGCUUACGAUAUAUGAUCCAUCACUGCUCACAAUCGAUUGCGGAUGGAAGACUUUGCAACCACGAGGUAAUUGCGAUUAUUAUUGCUACACUUCGAUCGCUGGCGCCUACGCUUGGAUUUACGCAAGAAGAAGUUCCGAUUUCAGCAGCAGGUACACCAGCCCUGAAGAAACGAACGAUUCACUUGUCAGCGCAAUUCCAGAGUAUUAUUUACUCUUCGUAUCUUUUAUCGCAAGUGUUGGAUAUUGCUGAUUAUCUUCAUUCGCCUAAUGUGAUUGCCAACAUGUAUCAUGGAUUGUACUUUCAUCAUUAUAUGGAGGCAGCGCGGUGCGGAGCUAGUAUCGGAAAAAUGCUUUCUGGUGUUUCACCAAAGUUUUCCGGGCUAUUUUGUUCCGUCUACAAAUCAGUUAUGCUAGAUUUAAACAACGACGUGCAAGACAUUUAUGAUUACGACAUUGUCACUACAGCGCUGGAAGAAUGGACGAUUUCGGAUAGUAAACCCAAGAGGUUGAAUGCGACAGGAAAGUCAAGCUCUAAUCGACCAGAAAAGAAGAAGAAAUCAAGUAAGAAGCCAAGUGAGAAUAGGAGUACAAAUGCUUUUAAUGUGUUGAGUUUUGGGUGCAAUUUUGAUGAUGAGUAGAAGAAAAUAGACUCCUUCAAAUGUUCCUUUCCAAAAAAGGCUUUUACAU